AUGGCCGAAGGAACAACUAUGGAAAUUGUACGUGAUGUGCAUGAUGUACCUGAUGGUCAACCAUAUGUGUUGAUCAAAUUAGGCGGACAACGUAAACAUGGUGGUAAAUUUUUUAAAUACAAUGGUCCACCAUUAACUUAUCCGGUUAAGGUGAAUUUCGAAAUUUCAUUUUACAAAACAAAUGACACAACUAGUGUCCGGCGUGACCAACUUUUUUGGUCACGGUCACGUCACGUUCACGAGGGGUUGAUCACGGUCACGGUCACGGGCUGGGCUCACCGUGACCGUGAUCGUGAGUCACGGCCCUUCUUUCUGGUUUCUCAACAUGAAAAAAACCUUUCCAGAAAGAGCAAUUGCAAAGCUUCCCUAGGGAAAAUCUUUGAUGUUUCCGUACCAGGUUCUUUAUGGAUUCAGUCAGCAUCUUUCCAGAAUUCACUCUUUUUUCCUGAGGAAACGAUGAAAUCCUGAAAGAAGUGUGUAGCCACGGAAUUUCAAGAUCCCAGCAGGAUUCGAAAAAGGAUUACAUCAGGACUCUGACCAGGUUACCAUUGUUGUUUAACCUGGAAUAAUUUAGAAAACAAGAUGUGGUUGUGGGUAUGAACAGAAGUUCUACUUGUAUUAACUGACAAGAACAUUCACUGAUAUGCUCUCUUGUUGACUUUUUGUUGCGACGCUCCUCAGUUUUAGCUGCAAAAGUUGACUGGAUCCUUGUAUCAAGAUCCGCAUCAGAUCUUGUCUAAAAUUUGAUAAAAUCUUGAGAAAAUCCUCUCCAUUAUCCCUGUUAGGAUCCUAAGCAGGAUCAUGAAUGAAUCCUUGAAGGAUCUUGUAUUCAUUAUCUACAAACACAUCUGGUCAGAUACGGAAAGAAAUCCUAAACAGGAUCCUGUAUAACUGUGAGAAAUCCCGGCAGCAGGAAUUAUCAGGAAUUGAGCUGGGAUCCUGAGGAAAACUUGAUAAGAUCUUGGAGAUUUAGAAUCCUGACAGAUCCUUGCAAAAUUUCUAAAGGAAUGAACAGGAUUGAGACUAGGGUUCUGUUUGCUAUUAAAAGUGAUGAUCGGAGGAGGGUAGCUACGCGUAGGUGUCCGUGCUUCCCCUCAGGAGUUUCCAAAAUCAUGAAUACUAGAAACUUCCAAAUUAUUCAUAAAAACUGAUGAGCGGGUGGGAGACGGUAGCUUCGCGAAGGUCCCCUUACUCCCCCUCAGGGAUUUCCAAAAUUUCGAGAAAGUUCCCGUGACUGACCGUGACCGUGACUCACUGAUAGUCACGGCAGUCACGCCGGUCACUACUCGAGACAUCUCAUUUAGUCCUUUCAUUUCACUUUACAAUACUUUGUUUUAUUCCGAAAAAAAUAUUAUUACGUCGUUCUUCUGUUUCACCAAUAACUGCAUGAUCAUUAAUCAUCCUUUUAAAAUCUACUUCUAUUCCAACUUAUCUUUCUCAAUUAUCAAUUUUUAUUAUUAUCUGCCCUUUCAUUAUUGCUACCGAUUCGGCAUACUCUAGGGUAGAGCCGACCAAGAGGCGACCAAGAUACGAUUCCUAUUUCACAAUUGCUGAAAAUUUUCUUAUUUUUACCAGUUAAAUGAUUGAAAAACAAAGAUGGAGUAGGAUUUAAUAACUCUUUUUCAAGAUAUCAGAUUAAAUAAAAUCUGUUUUGAACGGAUCAAACUUCUUCUGAAAUAACAUCCCUCGAUG